AUGUAUUCCCUUUUUAUCAAUAACAAACACGGCAGUCUCGUCUAUCACAGGAAUUUUACCCCCGCGGUGCAACUGUCGGCGAACGACGCGAUCCGUCUGGCCUCGACGUUUCACGGCCUGAGUGCGAUCGCCGCGCAGGUCUCGCCCGCGUCUUCGGAGAAAGGCAGCUUCUUCAACGCGCUCCAGCCGAAAGGCAUCAACCGUGUGGAGGCGGAAAACUUCAGACUCCAGUGUCUCGAGACGCUCACAGGACUGAAGUUUGUCUUGGUGACCGAGCUGAGCCUGUCGCCGACGGCGGUCGAGGCGUCUCUGCGUCGCGUUUACGAGGCGUACUCAGACUACGUGCUGAAAAAUCCGUUCCACGACGCAGACAUGCCGAUUCGCUGUCAGUUGUUUGACAAAGAAAUCGAUAAAAUCUUCGCCGACUACAUCACCAUCUGA